UAACACCUUGCAACUACAAUAAGCAUUUGUGACUGCACGAAUUGGGAGCUUUUAAAAGUGCAAAACGUAAAUUAUUACAUGGGUUUAAUUCUCAAAAUAUGUGUUGCAAUAAGGAUUAGACAAUAAUACUUGACAAUUAAUACAGGUCCAUCUACUGCCUUCCUUGUUUCCUUGCUGUAAUAAUCACUAGCAGUAUUGGAGGCUCGAUAUCUUGAUGAGAUAGCUGAGGAUUCAACCAUCUACCGUCUGAUGCUCCAUUUGAAGGGAGAGUUAUAGAGAUUGAUAAUUUUGUUUGAACAAAACAGUUGACUUUGAAUUCUGCAUUGGAGGCUGGUUCUAUAAUCUAAAUUAAUGUUGCUGUCUAGCUGUUUUAAAGCAGUAUUUUAUGUUAUCUGUUGGUCAAUUUCCUUUAUCUAAGCUUUUGGUUCACAGUUCAAACAGAAAUAAUGUGGUUUGAACUAUUGUAAGUAAGAUCAUCCAUGAAGGUCUACUCUUCCUUUUUGUUCUGCUUCACAAUUCUAUCCAUCUUGAAGUCCUAUAGUGCGGCUGACACCUUGAUACCAAACCAGACUCUUACAGACAAUGGGCAAACUCUUGUUUCAACCGGUGGAAACUUCGAACUGGGGUUUUUUAGUCCCUGGAAGUCCAACAAUCGUUAUGUCGGAAUAUGGUUCAAGAAAGUUCCUGAACAGACAGUUGUCUGGGUUGCAAACAGAAACAACCCACUUUCAGAUUCAUCAGGCUUCCUCAGGAUUACUACCACAGGAACUAUACAUAUAUUCAGCAACCAAUCAGGCCUUCCUGUCUGGUCAUCGGAUUCAUCCGCUGCACCAAAUAAUCCAAUUUUGCAGCUUCUUGACAGUGGAAACCUUGUAGUAAAAGACGGUGUCAAGGGAACGAACUAUCAUUGGCAAAGCUUUGAUCAUCCAUGUGAUACUCUGAUUCCAGGCAUGAAGCUGGGUUGGAACCUGGUAACCAAUCAGAGCUGGAGCAUGAAUUCUUGGAAGAGUUCUCAAGAUCCUUCUACUGGAGAUUACACUUACAAACUAGAUCCUCAUGGACUGCCACAGAUAGUACUUCUUCAAACAGGAUCAGGCAUAAGGUACCGAACUGGCCCCUGGGACGGUGUCAGGUUUGGUGGAGGUCCUCCGCUCCGAGAAAAUUCAGUCUUCAACCCUAUUUUUGUCUUUAAAGUUCCUUUUGUUUACUACUCAUUCACUAACAUAGAGAGUACUACAAUUUCAAGAUUUGUGGUGAACCAAUCAGGUAUACUUGAACACUUAACUUGGAAUCAAAGGCGAGGACAGUGGGUCAGAAUAAUAACUCUACAAAGUGAUCAGUGUGAUGCAUAUAACCAAUGUGGUCCAAAUGGCUUGUGCAAUUCGAAUACCUCGCCUAUAUGCCGCUGCCCAAAAGGAUUCACACCGAAAGUACCACAAGAUUGGAAGAACCUAGACGAGUCUGGUGGUUGCAUUCGUAAAACAACGUUGAAUUGUAGCGGGAAUGUUGGAUUUCAGAAGUUUUCAGGACUUAAGUUGCCGGAUAGUUCGCAGUAUUUAGUCAACAAGAAUGCUACCACACCAGUAGAGUGUGAGACGGCUUGCCGGAGGAACUGUUCCUGCAUGGCUUAUGCUAAGACUGAAGUUAGUGGCUGUGUGGCUUGGUUUGGAGACUUGCUUGAUAUAAGAGAGUAUAGUAAAGGUGGACAAGUGCUGUAUAUAAAGGUGGAUGCCUCCGACAUUGCAGAAUCCAAUGACAGACGAACAGCGAUGAUCAUCUUGGUAUCAAUAGUUUCAGGUGUUCUCCUGUUCACUGCAAGCAUUUGCUUUAUUGUUUGGAAGAAGAGAUCUAACAGAAUAGAAGAUGGUAAUGCAGGCAUUGGACCAGGUAACUGUACUCCAGAUAACAAUCCAACUAAUGGGGAUGAGGACCUUGAUCAACUUCCACUUUACGACUUUUUCCUUAUUUUAUCUGCCACUGACAACUUCUCUUAUGAAAACAAAAUUGGUGAAGGUGGAUUUGGUGCUGUUUACAAGGGUGACCUCCCAACAGAACAAGUAGCAGUGAAGAGGCUUUCUAAAGAUUCAGGACAAGGGCUUAAAGAGUUCAAGAAUGAGGUUAUAUUCAUUUCAAAGCUACAGCACCGGAAUCUUGUCCGGCUCUUGGGAUGUUGUAUUCAUGGGGAAGAGAGGAUGUUGGUUUAUGAGUACAUGCCCAAGAGAAGUUUGGACUUGUGCCUUUUCAAUCAAACAAGAGGCACUUCACUUGAUUGGCAGAAACGUUUCAACAUUAUUGUUGGGAUCGCUCGAGGGCUUCUAUAUCUUCAUCGAGAUUCAAGGUUGAGAAUCAUUCACAGGGAUCUCAAAGCCAGCAACAUUCUCUUGGAUGAUGAGAUGAAUCCCAAAAUUUCAGACUUUGGUCUGGCAAGAACAUUUGGAGGUGACCAAAAUGAAGUAAAUACGAACAGGGUCAUUGGAACAUAUGGCUAUAUGCCUCCUGAGUAUGCAAUAGACGGGCUCUUCUCAGUGAAAUCUGAUGUAUUUAGCUUUGGCGUACUGGCUUUAGAGAUAGUGACUGGGAAGAAGAACAGAGGGUUUUAUCAUCCUGAACAUGAUCUUAAUCUUUUGGGACAUGCAUGGAGAUUGUGGAUUGAGGAGCGGCCUGCGGAGCUGAUGGACAGUGUCAUGGAGCAACCAGUUCCUACACCAGAACUGUUGAAAUCUAUCCAUGUAGGAUUGUUAUGUGUGCAACAACGGCCAGAAGAUAGGCCUACAAUGUCUCAAGUUGUACUGAUGUUGGACAGUGAGAACCUGACGCUGCCACAACCUAAACAGCCUGGUUUCUACACAGAAAGGUUUCUAACUGAGACAGAUUCAUCAUCUACUGGUGUCAAGUGUUACACUAGAAACGAAGUCGAAGUUACACUAUUACAAGGAAGAUAGAAAAGCACAUUGGUAUCCAAAAGUGUAUAUAUAUAUGUCUGUGUGUCUGCUUUUCAAAAAGCAAUUGGGUAUCUAUUUGUCAUGUUCUUCUGAAUGCAUCAGGUGCAAACUUGAUUGUGUAAAACCAUUUCUUUUAUCAUUAAUAUAUUUUGGGUCAAUUACUGACA